AACUGUUCCCUCCCCCCUCCCCUUACCCCAGCGCCUUUAAGCCUAAGGACACUGUUAUGGUUUCGGAGAAUGGAAACGGACGACGUGUCGGUUAGAGAGCAACUUUUCCACAACCGCGUCCGGGAGACCAUAAUCUGUGUUCUCCUGUUUACAUGCCUUUACAUGCUGUCCUACCUCAUCCUUACACACUUCAGGAAGACUGCAGAGUUUGUCACCGAUGAUGUCGAAGACGCCACUGUCAACAAAAUUGCGCUGUGGCUGUGCACUUUCACCCUGUCUGUAGCAGUGUGUGCUGUGCUCCUUCUCCCCAUCUCCAUUCUGUCCAAUGAGGUGCUGCUUACCUUCCCACAGAGCUACUACAUGCAGUGGCUCAAUGGAUCUCUUAUCCGUGGUUUGUGGAACCUAGUUUUUCUUUUCUCCAAUUUGUCCCUGGUCUUCCUCAUGCCUUUUGCUUAUUUCUUCACUGAGUCGGAGGGAUUUGCAGGGUCCAAAAAGGGUGUAAUGGCACGAGUUUAUGAAGCAGUUGUGCUGCUGUUGCUGCUGGCCCUGCUUGUACUGGGCAUUGUGUGGGUGGCAUCAGCCCUCCUACAUGACAACAUAGCCCGAAAGAGCCUCUACGACCUGUGGGAGUAUUACCUUCCCUAUCUUUACUCGGGGAUCUCUCUGCUUGGAGUGUUGCUGCUUUUAUUGUGCACUCCCUUAGGGUUGUCACGAAUGUUCAGUGUAACAGGCAGCCUGCUAGUCAAACCACGGCUGCUGGAAGAUGUUGAAGAUACGCUGAGCUGCACCACAUUUGAGGAAGACUCUCUCUCCAGGAAAAUCAACUGUGGCAGUACAUCCUGCUGGGUCAAGCUGAACAUGGAAGCUCUGAAAAAAGAGUACCAAGUCGUCCAGAGUAAGCGUGUCGCUCUGGAGAUGCGUAGGAAAGCGUCCCCAUGGCAGCGAAACCUGGGCUACCCGCUGGCAAUGCUUGUGCUCCUCGCACUGACGGUGAUGUGUGUACUGAUGGUCUGUUUCAACGUGUUGGAGUUGCUGCUGGAUGAAACAGCUUUGCCCAGAGGAAUGGAGGACCCUCAUCUUGGGAUGGCCUCCUUCUCAAUGUUUGGCUCACUGGGUGCUGCAGUUCAAGUAGUCCUCAUUCUUUACCUGAUGGUGUCCUCAGUGGUUGGUUUCUACAGUUCUCCUCUCUUCACUGGCCUCCUGCCUCGUGCACAAGACACCAACCUCACACAGAUAAUUGCCAACUGUGUUUCACUGCUGAUCCUGAGCUCUGCACUGCCUGUCUUUUCACGCACUCUUGGGAUCACCCAUUUCGACCUUCUGGGAGACUUUGGUCGGUAUAACUGGCUCGGGAACUUCUAUGUUGUCUUUCUUUACAACAUGCUGUUCGCCGGCCUCACCUCUGCCUCCUUGAUAAAGACCGUCACCUGGGCAGUACAAAGAGAGCUCAUCCGUGCCUUUGGUCAGUCUACUUUCAUUUUGAAUUUAUGAAGCAAGGUCUCCACAGACUACCUUUAACUGUGUCACGCUCUACAGUCCCCUUCAGACUCCUCCUGGCCAGUGGACUGUCUAAAAUCCAGUGACUUUUUAUUUUCCUUCUCACCACUGCCUUUCCUAACCUUUAGAAACUGAGCCACUUCAGAGGUGCACCCGUUGGAUUAAAGGCAAUCACAGCUCAGUCUCUUUGCCAGUUGGUACAUGGAUCGGGUCACCAUGUGUGAAGAGACUGAAGAACGUGAGUCUGUUUGCACUGUGUGCAGUGGGAGUGCCGCUUGAUGCUGUGUUCAGUGACCAAUAUAUCAGGGUCCAAGUUUGUACUGCUUUUUGACUGCAAAAGCAAAUAUUAGUACAAGUGGUUACUGAGUCAGAGGUGUGACUGGAGCAAGGGGAAAAGGGAUUUAAGCCAUAUUAGCAACGAUAACAGAGCAAUACCCCUGCAAAGUCAUGCCUCGUAAAAAGAGGAUCCUUUAAUAGCCGGUUCUCUGACAUGUGUGAACGUCAGCAGGGUUAUUUUGAAAUAUUACAUUCUGUCUGUGACAUAAUUUCCUCUUCCUUAUUCAGGUCGAUUGAGUGCUCUCUCUUUCUUUGUGGCUCCCCCACGCCUUCCUCUUUAAGUACUACCACUAUUUUAAGAUUGGGAAUCUUCUACUUCCAUGUGUUUGGAUGUUUCAUUCUUCACCAGUGUUAUGUUGGUUAAUAAGAGGAAGUUAGCGGGGAGCUAAUGGGACACAGAGCACUUUGCCUGUCUGUGGAUCUGCGGGUGAGGUUGAUGUGAUAGUCUGUGUUGGAGGUCUUUUACACGUUCAGUUUACCAGUAGGAUUAUGAGCGUUUUGUGUGAGGGCUUGUCUAUGAUUUACAAAAAAAAAAAAAAAAA